AUGGCGAACAAGACUAGUCACCCUGUAAAACUUUAUACUCUGAAUGAGGACAAACAUUGGGAUUAUCUAGGCUCAGGGCUUGUCACCACAGUUUACACUCAAACCCAGGGCGCGGCUCUGUUAGUUAGGUCGGAGUCCAGCGGUUCACUGAUGCUGGAAUCUGAGAUACUUCCAGACACUCCCUAUCAGAAACAAAAGGACACAUUGAUUGUUUGGUCUGAAGCUGACAACCAUGGAAUGGCAUUGAGUUUCCAAGACAUAGGCAGUUGUCAUGAGACCUGGGAAGACAUUUGCCAGGUUCAAGGAAAAGACCCAUCCGUCAGCAUCACACAAGAACUCUUAGAUGAUUUAGAGGAGGACUGUGAUGAAACGCUAGAAACUGAUAUGUUUGACCUGCCUAACUGUGAACUCAGUAAACUUAAAGACAUUGCUAAUUUAGUCACCUCAGCUUUCACUUCACCUAUCCGUAGCAGAAGGCUGGCCCUGGUCUUGGAAAAUGAGAACUAUAUUAAAAAACUACUGCAGCUGUUACACUCUUGUGAGAACCUGGGAUACACUGAAGGCUUAUACCAUUUGCAUACAAUUGUUAGAGGAAUCUUAUUCCUCGACAAGACAUCUUUGUUUGAGAUCUUGUUUUCUGAUGAGUGUAUCAUGAAUGUGGUGGGAUGCCUUGAAUAUGACCCUGCUUUGGCUCAGCCAAAAAGGCAUAGGGAAUUCUUGACCCAAAAUGCAAAGUUCAAGGAAGUUAUACCUAUAACAGCCUGUAAACUUAAACAAAGAAUACAUCAAACAUACAGGGUACAGUAUAUUCAAGACAUUCUUUUCCCUACACCAUCCGUAUUGGAAGAUAAUUGUCUUUCUGCUCUUAAAACUUUUAUUUUCCUCAACAAGAUGGAGAUAAUCCACAUGCUGCAGACAGAUGACAAGUUUUUGCCUGAAGUUUUUGCGCAGUUAAAGGAUAAGACUACUGAUGAUGAUAAGCGGCGCGAAUUAAUACUUUUUUUCAAGGAAUUCUGUACGUUUACUCAGACAUUAAAGUCUCGAAACAAGAAUGCACUGUUCAAAACAUUGACACAAAUGGGAAUUCUUCCUGCUGUUAAAGUUGUAAUGAGCCUGGAUGAUUUUCAAAUAAGGUCAGCUGCUACUGACAUAUUUGCUUAUCUAGUGGAGCAUAGUCCAACCAUGAUCCGAGAAUUCAUAAUAGAAGAAGCCCAGCAGAAUGAAGGUGCUAACCUUCUCAUUAAUUUAAUAAUUAAACAAAUGACUUGUGAUACUGAUCCUGAGCUAGCAGGUGCUUUUCAAAUAAUGGAACUUCUUCGUUAUCUACUUGAUCCAGACAACAUGCUAGCGACACCUUAUAAAUGUGAAAGAAGUAAAUUUCUAAAUUUCUUCUAUAAACAAUGUAUGCAUAACGUAAUAGCACCACUUUUGGCCACGACUUCAGAAGAUACACUUGAAGAGGAUCAUAGACUUGGAGCUGACGUACACAACAAAAAUUGCCUCGGUGCUCUUCGCUUUAUGAGAAAGAUAAUUGGGCUUAAAGAUGAAGUUUAUAAUCGUUAUAUCAUUGAGGGAAAUUUUUUUGAGCCAGUUGUAAAUGCCUUUCUGGAUAAUGGAACUCGGUACAAUAUGUUGAAUUCAGCUGUUAUUGAAAUGUUUGAAUAUAUAAGAACGGAAAACAUCAAGUCUCUUGUUGCACAUGUAGUUGAAAACUUUUAUAAAACACUUGAAUGGAUUGAAUACAUUCACACAUUCAAAGGUUUGAGAAUUAAAUAUGAAAAAGAGAAAGCCCGAAAGAGUGAGGUACAGAAGAGUUUGACGUCUACGCAGAAUAAUAGUAAAAUAUUUUUAAGAAGGGCCAGAGUCCUGGAGAAUAAAGAAGCGUGUGUUAAAGGAAAUAUAGAAAAUACAGAGGAAGAAGAAGCAGGUACAAAGCUAAUGGAAAAUGAUUAUCAAGAUGAUUAUGAUAAAUGUAUGGAGACUGAAAAAAGAAAAGAAAAUGAAGACAAGGUAUAUGUUCCUAAAAGAACAUCUUCUGGUGACUACAAAUUUACUUAUUUCCAUUCUGCUGAUAAUGCUAAUGGAACAGGUGGCCCAAGUUAUAGUCGAGUAAUGAGAUUAGUGGAUUAUCCAGAUGAUGAUGAAGAAGAAGAUAAGGAAGAUGAAACAGCCUUCAGGAAAAGACCACAUCUUAACCUGUAA